AUGACCGCCAGUACGGUCUCGACAUAUCCUUUUGAACCAACUCCCCCAUGGACAACUGUAAACCCUAGGCCGUUAUUACCUCAGUUUUGCACGCAUUGCGGUAUCGAAGAGUUGCCUCUAUUACCAUCGCCUCGAAACGAGCUGUUCAACGACAAAUAUGUUGUCAGCACCCACAUCUUACCUGCUAGUUGUCCAAGACUCACUCCAAACAUCCCAUUGCCUGUGGUCCCUAACUUCUCGCCGAAUGCCGCAGAACGGCAACGAGAUAUUCAGCAGCUUUUCGCUGAAAUUACUGAGCGACAGGUGCGCUUCGUGAGGGGAGAGUUAGGCGGAGAAAGAAUCAAGAAGCCGUUAUGGAACUGCGUUAACCGAUACGUCAAGAGAGUUCAAGAUGAGAGGAAGGGUUUGACAUUAUUCUUCGCUCACGCAAAUGGUUUUCCCAAGGAGAUAUGGGAAACAACUCUGCGAUAUUUGCUAUCGUCACACACAGCUUCACUGAUCGACGAGGUGUGGUCUUGGGAAGCUGUGCAGCACGGUGAUGCUGCACUAAUCAACGAGUCAGAUCUCAGUGUUGAUUGGCGAGACAACGCGCGGGAUAUUGCACACUUUCUGUUAUACUAUCUACCAGAAGAUGCAUCUUCGAAGGUCUUACCGACGCAUCUGCACCUUCUGCCGGAGACUGUCAGUGAAUCCAGGGAGACUAAGGGAUUUUCAUCCCGCUCCCUGGUGGCUGUUGGACAUUCAUUCGGCGGCUACUGUUCGAUAAUAGCGGCUGUCAAUUUCCCCGCACUGUUUUCCUCCAUCAUUCUCGUAGACCCUGCAAUUAUUAACGAUCACUGCGGCUCCUCCCAAAAACUAGAUGGGCUCGUAUUGUCUGCCCUUAGGAGGCGCGAACGUUGGCCAUCACGUGAGGAGGCAUUGCGCUUGUUCAAGGCCUCUCCAUUCUUCGGAGCUUGGCAUCCUGAUACCCUGCAGCUAUAUGUUACAUAUGGCUUGUGCAAGGAUUCACAAGGGGGAGUGAAGCUAAAGAUGUCAGCUCUACAAGAGGCUUUGGUGUUCGCAGAUCGUACGGGAUCACCUGAAGCAUGGGAACUACUGGAAAAGGUGGACGAGCGCAUAGAACUACGAUGGAUUGUUCCAGGGAAGCCCGAAGACAAGGGAUUUAUGGGCGAACAAGCAACGAGGGUGCGAGUGUGGCGAAGGCCUGCUAACUCAUCUAACGUGGUGAUUCACUCGGCUGGGCAUCUGAUUGCACAGGAAUCACCAGAGGAGCUUGCCCAAGAAAUAUCUACUUUCCUGGAGAAAAAGACGGAGGUCGCGAAGAUCACAAAGCGCAUUUUGGCAUCCACCACAGCCGUACGGGUCUACGCAUUCAGCCUAGUCAUGGAGAGUACUGAUAGAGGGGACGACUGGCGCAUCUUCGAGGUCUAA